ACCAAUCCGACAAUUUUCCGACGUUUGGCUCCCGCCAUUUUGCCACUUCGAAAAGAAGACACUGCGAUGGCUGGCAUUUCUGUGGACGUUGACGCCUUCUACAGGCGAAUGCAAAAAUUCUAUAACUCAUGGAAGAAUGCCGAUGAUGAAGAUAAUUUAGCGAAAAGUGAUGCCAUUAUGGUUUCAGUAGGAGUGGAUGAAGAGAUAGUUUAUGCCAAAUCCACAGCACUGCAGACUUGGCUCUUUGGAUACGAGUUAACAGACACUGUCAUGGUGAUCUGUGAAAAACAGAUAUAUUUCUUGGCAUCCAAGAAGAAGGUAGAGUUUCUGAAGCAAGUGGCUUCUGACAAGGAAAACACAAAUGGCGUACCACCCAUAACGCUGCUGACGAGGGAAAAAUCUGGGGACAAUAAAGUGAAUUUUGAGAAGUUAACCGCGGCAAUCAAGGAAAGUAAAAAGGGUAAAAGCAUUGGAAUAUUUUCCAAAGAUAAUUUUCCAGGUGCCUUUAUGGAUGGCUGGAGAAAAGCUUUGGAUAGAGAAGGCUUUGAUAAGAUUGACAUAUCAUCAUCAACCGCAUAUAUAAUGGCUGUGAAAGAGGACAGUGAAAUUGCUAUGGUGAAAAAAGCCUGUUCCUUGACAUGCGACGUGUUUGGUAAAUAUUUGAAAGAGCAAGUCAUGGAAGCUGUGGACUCCGAUAAGCGAGUUCGGCAUUCUAAGUUAGCAGACGGUGUGGAGAAAGCUUUAGAAGAGAAGAAGAUAGUUGGUAACCUAGAUUCGUCGGUUUUAGAAGUAUGUUAUCCGGCUAUCAUUCAGAGUGGAGGCAAUUACAAUUUGAAAUUCAGUGUUAUCAGUGAUGACUCAAAACUCCACUUUGGUACUGUGACCUGUGCUUUGGGAAUACGUUACAAAUCCUAUUGUUCUAACAUAGUGCGUACAUUGCUGGUCGACCCUACACAGAGUCAGCAAGACAAUUAUAACUUCCUGUUAGAAGUGGAAGAAGAAAUCAUUAAGCAGUUACAACAUGGUGUCAAACUCAGUGUACUGUAUGGUAAAAUUGUGGACUUUGUCAAGAAAAAAAAGCCUGAUAUCAGUGACAAAAUGACUAAAAAUUUUGGGUUUGUGACUGGUAUUGAGUUCCGUGAAGGCUCCAUUGUCAUCAAUGCCAAGAGUAACGCCAAGGCCAGGAAGGGUAUGGUGUUUAAUAUUAACGUGGGUUUCUCAAACCUGGAUAAUAAGAGUGCAUCAGACAGUGCUGGAAAGAAGUAUGCUCUCUUCAUCGGUGACACAAUACUUGUGAAUGAAAAUGCACCAUGCACAGUGUUAACCACAUCAAAGAAGAAAAUAAAACAUGUAGGAAUCUUUUUGAAGGAAGAUGAAGAAGAUGACGAUGAAGAUGAUAAAGAAGAUGGUGCCGAAGAAUUGUUAGGAAGAGGAGCAAGAAGAGCCGUCUUAGAAAGUAAAUUAAGAACCGAGGUAUCUUCUGAAGACAAGCGAAAAACUCAUCAGAAAGAACUCAUCCACCAGCUUAAUGAAGAAGCAAAACAACGACUGGUGAUGUCAAAAGGAGACCAGCAAAAAGUAAAAGUGAGGAAGUCUAAUGUCUCUUACAAACAUGCAUCGUUGCUCCCUAAAGAACCUGAAGUGCGUGAUUUGAAAAUUUAUGUUGACAAAAAAUACGAGACUAUUAUCCUACCUGUCUUCGGCAUGGCUACACCAUUCCAUAUCUCCACUAUCAAGAAUAUAAGUCAGAGUAUUGAGGGCACCUACACCUACUUGAGAAUAAACUUUUUCCAUCCAGGAAGUACGAUAGGACGAACAGACAACAUUAUGUUUCCACAACCAGAAGCAUCCUUCCUAAAAGAAUUGACAUAUCGGAGUUCCAACGUGAAAGAACCGGGUCAGGCGGCCGCGCCGUCAUCCAAUUUAAACACGGCAUUCAGGCUUAUCAAAGAUGUACAAAAAAAAUUUAAGACGAGAGAAGCAGAAGAAAGGGAAAAGGAGGGUAUUGUGAAACAAGACACAUUGCUAAUCAAUCCAAAUAGGGGUAAUCCCAAAUUGAAAGAUCUUUACAUCCGACCAAAUAUAGCUCAGAAAAGAAUACAGGGAGCCAUUGAGGCACAUACAAACGGUUUCCGAUUUACAUCCGUGCGGGGUGACAAAGUUGAUAUUUUGUACAACAACAUCAAGCAUGCAAUUUUCCAACCCUGCGACAGUGAGAUGAUCAUCCUUUUACAUUUCCACCUCAAGAACGCCAUUUUGUUCAGUAAUAAGAAGCACGUUGAUAUACAGUUUUAUACAGAAGUUGGCGAGAUUACGACUGAUUUACAUAAGCACCACAAUAUUCACGACCGAGAUGACCUCGCUGCUGAACAGGCUGAGCGAGAACUUCGACACAGAUUAAAAUCUGCUUUUAAAAGUUUUAUAGAAAAAGUUGAGAACCUGACCAAAGGGGAUAUAGAGUUUGAGAUACCAUUUCGUGAGCUGGGAUUCCACGGAGCUCCACAUCGUAGUACGGUGUUAAUUCAACCAACAAGUAGUUGUAUAGUCAAUAUUACAGAGUGGCCGACAUUUGUGGUGACGCUGGAUGAGGUGCAACUGAUCCACUUUGAGCGUGUCCAAUUUCACAUCAAGAAUUUCGACAUGGUGUUUGUGUUUAAAGACUACUCCAGGAAGGUGUUCAUGGUGAAUGCUGUGCCAAUGAACUCAUUAGACCAUGUCAAGGAUUGGCUCAACUCCUGUGACAUCAAAUAUACUGAAGGUGUGCAGUCAUUGAAUUGGUCCAAAAUCAUGAAAACCAUCGUGGACGACCCAGAAGGGUUUUUUGAAGAGGGAGGAUGGACUUUCUUAGAACCAGAAAGUGAUGUUGAUGAUGACGAUGAUGAUGAUGAGGAUGAAGAUGCCGCUUACAUGCCGUCUGGUGCCGAGAGUGGUGGUGCUGGAUCUGACGAGGAAGAUUCUGAAAGUGAAUACUCUGGUGUAACUGAAUCGGAAUCUGAUUGGUCAGAAGAUCUAGAUUCGGACCAAUCCAGUGGUAAAGAUUGGGACGAACUGGAAAAAGAGGCUGCCAAAGCCGACCGUGAGUAUGACAUGGAAGAUGAUGAAGAUGCUAACAGACGUAGACGUGGCGGUGGUGGUGGUGGUAGGAGCGGCGGCGGUGGUAGUAGGAGUGGUGGUGGCGGCGGUACUAAAAGAAAAAUGCAUUCUACUCCACCGAAAAGUAACAAAAAAGCUAGAAGGCGCUGAUGUGAAAAGAUUGACAUGGUGGAUUAAUUUAACUUUUGAGGCGCGUAGUUUUCAUACGAGAGGACAGUGACGUACAUUUAUAUGCAAAUAUGAAGAGUCUGUCAAUCGUGCUCUUGCACUCGUAACUGACUCCCCAAAUUUUCGUCAUCUUAUUUUGAUAUAUUAAAAUUACUCUCCAGUUAUGAUCACGAUUUGACUGCUGAUUCAUGUGGAUCAAAAGUAGCAAACAUUUUGAGUACUUCCCAAAACUAGACGGCCAUGUUUCUGUGUAUCUGCCUUAUUGCGCAUAUAUAUAUAUAUUUGUGAAGCCAACUGGGAAUCCACGAAUAAGCACGUCAAUUAAUUACAAGCAUUUGGUUGAAUAAAUAAUACCACCAAGGAAGGAA